ACUGCCCCCCUCUCCCCCAGGCGUGUUCAUCAUCUGCUGGCUGCCCUUCUUCAUCACCCACAUCCUGAACAUACACUGUGACUGCAACAUCCCACCCGUCCUGUACAGCGCCUUCACGUGGCUGGGCUAUGUCAACAGCGCCGUGAACCCCAUCAUCUACACCACCUUCAACAUUGAGUUCCGCAAGGCCUUCCUGAAGAUCCUACACUGCUGACCCAGCUGCCCACCUGCACAGCAGCCUGCUUCCCAACUCCCUGCCCAGCGGCCCUGCCUCGGGCCCUGGGAUCCGUGGGCAGGGUGACACGGGGCAGACUCGGCCUUCUCCUCGCCCGCAGGCCCUGCGGCGUUAGCUUGGCUCCACGGCCCUCACUGACCGCACACCCUCGCUCUACCAGGGCAGUGCUAGAGAGCCAGGCACGGUGCCAGCCCUCGGGCCGGACCCCUGGCUCAGAGGCAGCUCACGGAGCCCCCUCCCACUUCCAGACCCUCUCUCCUUGGCACCAAAGACACAGCCGCCUUCUCUGACCUUUCUCUGGGGCUCUGGGGUUGCUGGGCCAGUGUCAAAGCUCAGAGGCCAUGCUGGCCUGGUCUUCACAGGCCUGUGCUGGAGCGGGCAGUGGGGAGCGAUGGACACUUCACACCCCCCAAGGCCUACACCAGGGAAGCCAGAGCUCUUGCCAAGGCCCCAGGCAACUUCAGGCCAGGGAGACCCAUGUACAUACCAGGUCUGGAUGGACCCCAGAGAAGCCCAAGCCCAAAACUUCACCCGUUCUCCCCCACCGAGCCUGGCAGGAGCUGCUACUUCCAUCCACAGCAGUGGGUCCCGACCCCACCCAGCUCCCCGUGAGGUUUCCAUACUCCAAGAGCCCAGGAGGGUCUGCGGGGAGAGGACCACCCCUAUCCCAAGCCCACUCUGCUGCCCCCCUGAUGGACGUAGGUGCCUCUCUGUAGCACAUGUCGGGCCAACCUGGGAGAGCUGGCAGGGAAGGCGGGCACAUGACGUGUUUGGGGCUUGGUUGGGGGUGUCUGAGGUCCUAUGGGAGACUGCUCCUGACACCCUCUGCCGCAAACCACGUCCUUCUCUCUUCCUUCCGCCUCUCCACUCUCCAGUCCUCUUGUCCCCCUUUCUUUCCACUGCCUCCGCCUUAGAGGAGCCCAUGGCUAAGCGGCUGCUGAAUACCGUUCGGCCUGCCCUGGCCCUGCCAGAGGGAGGAGGGGAAGCUGCAGCUUGGGGGAGCCCCCAGGCCCCAAACUCUGUAACAUCACUACACAUGCUCCAAACUAAUAAAACUUUGACAAGAGUCACAUGCAGGGCCCCUCAAGCGGAGGGUGCAGUGUCACCUCCAGUCUCUGCACCCGGUGUGGCCAAAGGUCCGUGUCUGUGCUGGGGGUCAGAGUUGGAGAGCCUUUCUGCAGACCCUCCAGAGAAGGUGGCCCUGGCCCCCAUCAGCGGGCACAGGACUGUGGGGGAAAGGAGGAGAGGAGCUGCUGCAGGAGGGCCAAGGAGAAGACGUGUGUGCCUGUGUGUUUCUCCCCUCAUCCAGCCCUCUCCUCUUGAGGGACGUGAGCGCUCUCAGAGCUGCAGUUGGGUGGUCCUGAUCUUCAACCACCAGCCAAGAUGGAAGGGGAGAACGUUUCCAGUCCUGGCACCUCUGCAGGCCCAGUCCUUAGCCCUGCUCGUCCACCAGGGCAGAGAAGGCUCUGUGGGAAAGGUGGCCUUCGAGACCAGUCGCAGCUCCAAGCCUUCUGGGGCCAUGACUUGGCACUGA